AUGGGUGCACCAGACGACUUUCCAGGCACGGUCAACGUGAAGCGCACGUUGUGGCGCCUCGAGGACGAGCACUCUCCCCAGUACUGUCUCAACUUCAGAGGAGAGAUGUUCCGCCCUUCACAAAACAAUUUCGCACAGAUGCCUCUCACCGUAGUCUGCGAACAAAAAGUCAAGUGCAUAGACUGGAUCAAGCCUGAGCCAGGCGAACUCCGCGUGCUAGGCAACGUCAGGACAGAAGAGGCCAAAGAAGCAUAUACCGAGAGAGUCAUCGAGCACUUCAAGGACAACUACGAAAGCCGUGCCGAUGAGCUUGGAAAGUUCCAGGAUCUGUGUCAGCACGUAGGCGCCCGACAAGGCCAGACGGUCGAGGAAUGCAAAGCUCUGAGGCCAAAGUGUACCGUUUCCCAGCCAUCGAACCACUUCGGUACUACUCCUUCAUCACGGACAGGGUCUACGAAGACUUGGAUCUCACGCCUGGGCAGUCGUGGUAUCCGUCGCCACCUAGCCGCACGAGGCAAGCCGAGAGAGAUUCCAGAUAGCCUCACAUUCAUGCUGGUCAAUUUGUGCAAAGCUCGAGCUGGCAUAAUGUAUGACAAAGAGCUGGAGAGUGUGCAGGUCAGGGCAAAGAAUCUCAUGAACUCAUGGUCAGACCUUGGUGGCAAAACUCCAGAGCCGACGAUUGAGGUCCGCGAGGAAACUGUUUUCAGACUCCCUCCCUGCGAUGAAGAUACCAUGGGACUAGUCGCCGACCUGAUGAAGACGCUCGACAUCCCGGACGGAGUAUGA